UCGUUUUCUGGUCCUUGCCCGUCCUCUCUGCUUUCGAUGAUAGAUGAACGGCGUAUGGAUCCCAGCCUCGGCUUCUGUUCUGCUUCGCAGAGUCGUUAAUGUCAUUUCGACUCUGUCCAUCACGCACCAUUACCUCCCUCGUUCAGACCCGGAGGGGGAUACUCAGGGAAAAUUUGUCAAACCGAGGAGCUCGAAGUGUUUGAGAGAUGCAUUCGACUGGAACUGGAGACCGGCUUCACUGGUGCUAAAUGAACCGAAGCUGACGCAGGAAAGUGUUGCAGCUGCUGCCGGAAUUUCUAUUCCAUGGCCUCUACUUCGUUGGCCGUCGAAUAACCUGCGUUUCUCUCGCCAUCCUACGCCACAGUCGAAUGAACCAUCUGGGCCACACUUGACUCCCAAUUCAAAUCCAGACCCAAAACCCCCUCCAUCCACCAAUAAACCACCCCCUCCUCCUCCAAAGAGUAAUGAACAAAAGGCCGAGAACCCCGAUACACUCCACCGUCUGUUACGAAAUCCAGUCCUCUACGAUCCUGUCCGGGCGCCACGUUAUCCUAUAGUUCUUUGCCAUGGUCUUUACGGUUUUGAUGUCAGAGGGCCUUCUGCGUUUCCUAGUCUGCGGAUGCAGUACUGGUCCACCAUCCUUGGCAUCCUUCGCAAGACCAUCGGCGCCGAAGUGAUCGUCACGUCGGUACCAGGGACGGGAUCAAUUGCUUCUCGCUCCGAACAGCUUAAUAGAUAUUUGGAGAAGAAGGCUCCAGGCAGAGGCCUUAAUUUCAUGGCGCACUCCAUGGGAGGGCUUGACUGCCGUCAUCUAAUUACGCACGUCAAACCUACGGAGUAUACUCCUCUAUCGUUGACUACUAUCGCAACGCCACAUCGAGGAAGUCCAUUCAUGGACUGGUGUACGGACUACCUCGGCAUCGGAAGAAAUCUCCCAGAGAAGGAACAAACAUUUCAAGCCGCCCGUACAGCACUCGACUCCUCAAACGCCGCCCAUGCCUCAUCCUCCGACAUGUCCUCCCGCUCAGAUCCCAAAUCCGACCCCAAACAAACCGGCUCAUCAUCGCCCCUCAUAGCACUCACGUCCCUCCCCUCCUCCUUCACCACCCUUCUUCUCUCAAUGUUCGACUCACCCGCCUACGCGAACUUGACCACGACCUACCUCAAUACAGUCUUCAACCCCGCCACGCCUGAUGACCCGAGCGUGAAGUAUUUCAGCGUCGCGGGGAGGACGGAGAGCAUGAACGUCUGGCAUCCGCUCUGGCUUCCCAAACUCGUCACAGACGGUGCCGAAGCUAAAGACAGAGCGCGUCUCCGCGCGGAAGCAUCUUCCGCCCUCGGUCUCAAUUCACUCGACCCUUCCGCUUCUACUCAAUACUCCCUGCGAAAUGGCGAGAAAUCACUUCCUCCAUGGGAGAACGACGAGCUUUGGGGAAACGACGGGUUGGUCACUCUUCAGAGCGCGAGGUGGGGUGAGUUUUUGGGUACGAUGGAGGGGAGCGAUCAUUGGGAGUUGAGGGGUGCUAGUGGGAUCGAGGUGGAUGUGGAUUUGAAGCAGAGCGUGAGGGGGUGGAACAAUUUGGAUUGGACUCGGUUUGUUAGGGCUUGGAGGAAGGAGGAGGGGGAUAGGAAGGAUAGGGAGAGUAGAGCUGGGGCGUCGUCGUCGGUGGCGGCAAAAGAGGUAUUUGGGGGUCAGGCGUUGAGGCCUUCGCCGUUGAAGCUUGGCGCGAAUGUUCCGGGGCUGCAUGAAGAGCAUAGGCAUGAUGGAGAGGAUAUGCUCAAGAGCUCGACGGAGAAACUCUCGGCUGUGUUCGAUUGGAUCAUCGACCAAGUCCCGUCCACGGAAGAUAUCCCGUCGAAAUUACCGUCAUUGCCUUUACUGGGUAUCAACAGCAAGUCGGACGAGGAGAAGAGGGAGGAGGUGAAGAGGAAGGAGAAGGAGAAGCGAGAAGGUAAGAGGGAGGCGGCGGCGAAGACCGGGAGGAGGAAGAGUGAUCUUGAGACUGAGAAAGAUUUGGAGAGGUUUUAUGUUGCUUUGGCGAGGAAGUUAUAUGAGGAGGGGUUGUGAGCAUACUCAGUGCGUGCGUCGGCUGGGUCUUUCCAUUCUUGGCGUGUGUGAUGUUGUGUACGAUUGAGGGUGAUAAUAUCCCCCUUCAUGGCUUCUGAAGUCUUGCAAUAUAUGGCAAUAUUUGACUGGGC